CGCUGGCGCUGCCAGGUGAUGCUGUGAAUAUCGCAGGAGUUUCGGGUGGUGAACCCCUAAUUCUCGGCGUUGUGGGGCGAUGGCGGUGAUCCUGCGGUGAGCAAGAAUCCUCUCGAUCGCCGACAUAUUGUGGAGCAAUUCCAAGAAAUCCAAGAAUGUGACCAAAGAAUGGCGCGAUCGGUGUGACCCUAGGAUUAGAGUGCAUUGGAGCUUUGGAUUCUUUGGCAUGGCGGCAAUGGCGAUGGUGUUACCGAUGCCUCCCUUGAGCUGCCACGACAUUUGCUACGAGUUUUGUGCCCCGCAAUUUUUCGAUUUCUGCGUGGAUGAGACUGAAGAACAGGUCCGAGCCGUGGAGAGGUGGUUUGAAAUCGCUGCUGGUUACGAGCCAUCACCUUGUCCAUUCUCCGACUCCAAACAAGACCAGAUCACACAUCCGGAUAGAGACGAGCAACUGAAGUUGAAGCUUUUGAUCCGAUUAGACAGCCAGACAACGGACACUACAGCCACGACGACUUCUCUGGCUGCUGGUUCAGAUUUGCCAGAGGUGAUAGAUCUCUCAACGCCCGAGAAAAAUGAAGUCAUAGUAAGCGCGGAUACUGGCAGCAAUGAAGUGCCGGAAGAUUCUGCCAGGAUGCAACCAGGUUUGACUGCAGAUUUUCCUGCCAAGAGAUUAUGGGAACCAGCCGUUGUGAAAAAACAAAUGAAAAGGCAUACUCACGAUACUACAAAAAAGAAGAAAGCCAUUGCCAAGCAACAAACAGCCCCAACACCUCAAGGAAAUUCCUGUAAAAGACGAAAACUAGAUGGAGGACAAAAGCAGGCGCAGGCGCAUAAGUAUACGCCUGCUCCAACCGUUCCUCAAACAUUUCAGCUUUCAACGGACAAGAGAGCACAAAUGCAUAGAAAAGGAGGACAUGACAGUGUUUCAAAGAUGGGCGAUUUCGUAUCAGUGGCUGAACAAGUUCAACGGUUUCACCUUAGAACACCUGCACCCUUUCAGAAGCAAAAUAAACCAAAAUUGACAUUGUCAAGGCCAAAGGAUCCAGAACUCGAAACUUCUUCUCGAUCACGACCUCCGAGGGUAAAGAGCGCUACCGAGCUCGAGGAAGAAAUUCUUUCUAAAAUGCCAAAGUUCAAAGCACGCCCCGCAAAUAAGAAAAUCCUUCAAGCCCCGACUUUGCCUGCUUUCCCGAGAAGUACUCCUGAGUUACCACGAUUUCAGGAAUUCAAUCUGAAAACGAACGAGCGUGCUAUGCAGCAUACUUCUCUAAAGUGUGUGGAGCAGCCUUUGAACCUCUCAACAAAGAAGAAGCAAAGACGCAAGUCUGCUCCUGCGGGUCAUAUAUCCAUACCAGAUCGGCCAAGGGCCAAAAGCAGCGACGAACUGGUACAAGAUGAGCGAGCUAAAGUUCCAAAGUUCAAGGCACUGCCACUCAACAAAAAGGUUUUUGAGAGCCGAGGAGAUUUGGGGAUUUAUCGACAUCAGAAACGUCAUGUGACAGUUCCAUUGGAGUUUAAUUUUGCCACAAAGGAAAGAUGUCAUCGAGAAGUUCUUAAAGGUUUCAGGAGGCUUUCUCUUGACUCGCAUCCUCGUCCAAUCCGAGGAAAAACAAUCGCAAAACCUUUCCAUCUUCUGACAGAGGAACGAGGCUCGGCUAAGAUGGGGAAGUUUAUGGAAGAACUUUCGAAAGAGAUGACGUCCGAAACGUUGUCAAGAAUCCCGAAAGCGAAUUUGCUGCCGUUCACAACGGAUUUUCCAAACGUACCUGCAAAACCAGCUCAGAAGCCAUGCACAAGACCAGAACCGUUUCGGCUUGAGAGUUUAACGAGGCAUGAACAGGAAGUGCAACGCUUAGCUGAAGAUCGCGCUAGAGCGGAUAAGCAAAGGGCAGAGUUGUCUAGAUUUCGAGCCCAACCAAGAAGCUGCAGUGGUGCAGUAUUUGUCCCUGGAAGAUCCAGAAAGCCUCUGACUGAAAUAAAGGAGUUCAAUCUCAAAGCUGACAAUCGGGCUAUCCAACGUGCAGCAUUUGAAAAGAAGAUUGUCGAGAAACAAAGCAUGUAUAAACAACUAAAGGAAGAGCUGGAAUUAGCGAGAAAGGAGGAAGAAGAGAGAUUCGUGAGAGCACUGAGGUGUGAAAUGAUUACUCAAGCGCGUCCGGUGCCACUGUUUGACAGGCCGUACGUCACACAAAGAUCUACCAAGUCUUUGGCUCUUCCAAUCUCACCGCAUUUUAAUCUUCCUCGCAAGCAUCGGCAUCACCGUGGCACGUAUCGCAAGUAUCGGAUGCGCUAAGCACGCGCUGAGGAAGUCAUGGAGGGAAGAAUACAAUAAGCUUGUUUGGAUGCGUUC